AUGUACGUGGGCUAUGUGCUGGACAAGGACUCCCCCGUGUAUCCAGGCCCCGCCAGGCCAUCCAGCCUCGGUCUGGGCCCUCCAGCCUACGCGCCACCCGGCCCGGCGCCCGCACCCCCGCAGUACCCCGACUUCGCCGGUUACACGCACGUGGAGCCCGCGCCUGCGCCCCCUCCGACCUGGGCCGCGCCCUUCCCUGCGCCCAAGGACGACUGGGCAGCUGCCUAUGGCCCGGGCCCCGCGGCCCCCGCCGCCAGCCCGGCCCCGCUGGCCUUUGGGCCCCCUCCGGACUUUAGCCCGGUGCCAGCGCCUCCCGGGCCUGGUCCUGGCCUCCUGGCGCAGUCCCUCGGCGGCCCGGGCGCACCGUCCUCGCCAGGAGCGCAGAGACGGACGCCCUACGAAUGGAUGCGGCGCAGCGUGGCGACCGCAGGCGGCGGUGGCAGCGGUAAGACUCGGACCAAGGACAAAUACCGAGUGGUCUACACAGACCACCAGCGCCUGGAGCUGGAAAAGGAGUUCCACUACAGCCGGUACAUCACCAUCCGACGCAAGUCCGAGUUGGCUGCUAACUUGGGGCUCACAGAACGGCAGGUAAAAAUCUGGUUCCAGAACCGUCGAGCCAAGGAACGCAAAGUGAACAAGAAGAAACAGCAACAGCAGCAGCCACUGCCUCCCUCGCAGCUGCCCCUACCCCUGGAUGACAACCCCACACCAUCAGGGCCAACCCUGGGUAGUCUAUGCCCCACCAAUGCUGGCCUUCUGGGUACCCCCUCCCCAGUGCCUGUCAAGGAGGAAUUUCUACCCUAG